UUUUUAUUUUCCGAACCCUUUUAAGAGUUACACACGAAACAGAAACGCAUGGUGGCUGUUUGUGUCAGGAAUGGUCAAUUAUAACUAUGUAAACACAAAUUAAACAGCUUUAUUUUAUUAUUUAUCUCAAUUAACACAUUUCUUUACAUCUAUACUGUUUUAGUCAUUUAAUAGCAGCACUUUCUUCCGUAAAAAAGAGAGGAACUCCUCACAGGCACUGCCUGGUGUAAAAAUGUCUAAAUGGAAGGGAAAACAUGCUGGAAGGAAGCACCGAGCUAAGGCUAAAGGAGAGAAAGAGGAGAGAAGUGUGGAAAAGAAAAAGACACAAUUUUUUCGACGUGUGAAGAAGAAACAGAAACGGAAAGAGAAGAAAACCGCGCACCUGCCGCCUAAAGAGGCUCAGGCCUUUUCAGCCAACUGGAAAAACCUUGCUGGUCUGCUGAACUGGAAACCGACUGCAGGGACUGAAAAGAGCGCUCUGCAGAAGGAAGAACCGAAGCCCCAGUCAGCAGUGAAUAAAGACUCUCACAGUGCAGCACAAAAAACAGACAAAAACGUAAAUAAAUCAGGACACAAACCCCAGAAGACCAUCAAUAAAGCAUCGCAUGAUGUGAAAACAAAGAGUCCAGAGGACGCUGGAGCCCAGCAGAACGGGAAGGGUCCUUCAGGCCCCAAACAGCAUAAAGCUGAGAAGAGGAAAGCGAAGGACAGUGGAGGUGGAGAUAAGAGGUGGAUAAACAAAAAGAAGAAAGCAGAAGAGGCGGAAAAGCAACCGACAGAGUCGGAUAUCUGGUUUGAUGAUGUCGACCCUGAUGACAUCGAGGCUGCACUGGGCUCGGAGGCUGCAGACCUCGUGAGGAAGAGGAGCGGUGUGGCAAAGAGCGAUGUGGAGAGUACGGAGAGACAGUUGGUAAAGGAGCGCGCUUUUGACGGACUGACGCACGCAGUCGCUAUGGACUGUGAGAUGGUGGGGGUGGGACCCGACGGAGAGGACAGCAUGCUGGCGCGCGUCUCUAUCGUGAACUAUUUCGGAAAGUGCAUCUACGACAAAUACGUCAAACCCACGGAGAAGGUCACCGACUACCGAACAGCCGUCAGCGGCAUUCGCCCUGCGGACAUCGAAAGCGGGGAGGACAUCAGCACAGUCCAGAAGGAAGUGGCUGAGAUUCUGAAGGGGAGAAUAUUAGUGGGACACGCUAUUCACAAUGAUCUAAAGAUUCUGCUGUUGGACCACCCAAAGAAGAUGAUCAGAGAUACACAAAAGUAUAAAGAGUUUAAGAAGAUCACAAAGAGUUCCCGUCCUGCGCUGAGAGUUCUGAGUAAGAAGGUUCUGAAUGUGAACGUGCAGCAGGGCGAACACUCCUCUGUCCAGGAUGCCCAGGCCACUAUGCGUUUGUACACAAUGGUAAAGAAACGGUGGGAGGCAGAGCUUAAGGCCGGAAGGAAAGCCCAGAAGAGCCCUCGCAAACCCAAAGCCGACAGCUGACCUGAGAGCAGCUCCUACACAGCAUACAGUGAGAGAACAAACACAGUCUCAGCUGACCUCAGAACAGCUUGGACACGAGAGACGAACACCCCGUUUCAAAACCCACUUCGACAGUACGGAGCUGUAAAUCCUCUUCAGUGUUUGACUGAUGACGUUUUGUUGUUUAAGCAACAGACAGGCUAAGACGGACUCUGCUGCGUUCCCAUUACUGAGUGCUUUUUCCAGCCAGAGUUCCAACACCGGGACCGAAUGUGACGCUAGUGCCUUUUUCUUGUUCGUAUACAUCAGGUUGUUUGAGGAUCACAGGUUUCACUCCCACCUGCCCGUCUUCUGCUCAUCAUUUCACAGGCAACUGUACGAUGUGGGAGCACACAAUGUUUUCCAGAUCUGUUUCCUGGUAACUGUUCCUGUGGUUGGAUUGUGUGUGAAUUUGCACAUUAGAGCUCAGUUCUCACUGUUCAGUCUCUUUUUAUAGUGACCAUUUUAUUGAUGAACGUCCCCCCCAUGUUCAGAACAAAGCUUGUCAGACUGAACUUUUCUAUGAGGAUUCUCUCCCUUGUGUUGAAUAUGUAAUAUUAAAAGGAAUGUGAAAUCCUCA